UAUUUUCUAUCUGGAUAUUAUUUUUACACUUGGGAUUAGGAGAAUCUCUCUCUCUCUCUCGUCCUUCUUCUUCUUCUUUCUCUCUAUCUAGCCAUGGCUGCCUUCACUUGUACCACUCGUCCUCCAAUUUCUCUCCGUUCCGAUACUAAAAUCGUAUCCUCACCACCACCGUCUGCUUCUCUCUCUUCUCGGCGGAUGUUCGCCGUGUUACCGGAAUCGUCAGGUUUGAGAAUCCGUCUUUCCCUUUCUUCGUCUUCGUUGACCUCGAUUCAUCAUCCUAAGGUUUCUCCACUACGAAGAGCCGUCGUCUGUGAAGCUCAGAAAACUACUACCGAUAUUACAGUGGUCACUGACUCAACAUGGGAGUCUCUAGUUCUUAAGGCAGACGGGCCUGUAUUGGUUGACUUUUGGGCACCAUGGUGUGGACCUUGCAAGAUGAUUGACCCGCUCGUGAAUGACCUAGCACAACAUUACACUGGGAAGAUCAAAUUCUACAAACUAAACACUGAUGAAUCCCCUACAACCCCAGGCCAGUACGGAGUUAGAAGCAUCCCAACGAUCAUGAUAUUUGUCAAUGGUGAGAAGAAGGAUACAAUCAUAGGUGCAGUGCCCAAAACCACUCUGACAUCUAGCCUUGAUAAGUUCUUGUGAUGAAAUUUUACUUUUGAGUCUGUAAGAUCUCUUAUCUCUGUCUCUCUCUCGUUGUUGUUCUCUCUGUAACGCAGCUUUCUUUAUAGCAGCUAUCUGUUUCUUCAACUGUAUCUUCUUCAUCACUGAACAUCUAGAACUGGAUAAAUAAUAUGAUGUCAUGUCUUAAUGUGAAUU